AUGGCGCCCAACGCAAACGACUUUCUCGAUGCUUCGGAAAGCGAAAACGACCACAUUGACAUAUAUGAUUCGGAAGACGAAUUCGCCAAGGGCGGCAGCCGAAGCACAAAGCGCAGGAAGCCGAGCCGCGACGACGACGACUCUGAACAAGCCAGGAGUGACGCUGACCACGACGGCGGGAGCGACGACGACGAAGAUGACGACGGCGACGACGACGCAAAAUCAACACAGGGCGAGGAGCAGCCCACCAAGAAACAGACGAAGCUGCCCAAGCUGCAGGCCGACCUGCCCAACGUCUCGCGCCCGCUCGCCCGCAAGAACCUCGUCGCCACCGAAAAGGCCGUCAAGAAGUCCGGCGUCGCCUACCUCUCGCGCAUCCCCCCCUUCAUGAAGCCCGCCAAGCUGCGCUCCCUCCUCGAGCCCUACGGCGCCAUCAACCGCAUCUUCCUCGCCCCCGAGGACGCCGCCGCGCACGCCCGCCGCGUCCGCGCCGGCGGCAACAAGAAGCGGACCUACACCGAGGGCUGGGUCGAGUUCAUCAACAAAAAGGACGCCAAGGACGCGUGCGCGCUGCUCAACGCGCGCACGGUCGGCGGCAAGAAGGGGAGCUACUACCGGGAUGACCUGUGGAACUUGCUGUACCUGCGCGGGUUCAAGUGGCGCGACCUGACGGGCCAGAUCGCGGCGGAGGAUGCGGAGCGGGCGAGCCGCAUGAGGGCGGAGAUUGGUCGGGCGAGCAGAGAGAACAAGGAGUUUGCGCGGAACGUGGAGCAGGGCAAGGCGAUGGAGGGCAUCGCGAGGACGGCGGCGGCGCGGAAGCGCAAGGCCGGGGAUGAGGAGGGUGGUGGCGGCGCGCAGGAGGAGGAGGGGGAGGAGGAUGGGCAGGAGACGAGGAAGAAGCAGAGAAACACGAGGACGUUUAAGCAAAUACCCCUGGCCAAGAAGCAAAACGAUACUGAGGAGCAACCCGAACGGGUCACGAGGGUGCUGAGCAGUAUCUUCUAA